CCUUGUUUUACGCCAGCAAUGCUUGUUAACUAAGCAAUCAUUACAACAAUUAAUGACUGUUUAACCUUUUUAGUGUGUUCUUUAUAGAAGAAAAAAAUAGCAGUAGAGAGGAAAUUAAUGUGAAGGUGUCAGUGCCCCUGUAGUUCAGGUUCAGCUAUGAGAAGCGUAACCAGCUGGUGUACUGCCUGCAUCCCAGGCCGUAAGCAGAAAGAAACCAAGACUGAAGAAUCGGAGAAAUCUUUAAGGAAAAAACCUUCCCGCGAAGAAUCUAGUGGUCCUGAUGACCAAGCUGAAGGCAGCAGCCAUCAAGGAACCACCCAUGCUGCCAGUAGUGCUGAUACUGGUGGCGCAGCUGUUGUAGUUAUGACUGCAACCCAAAUGUCUGACAUGGAAGGUAGUUCUCAUGGCGGCGGCGGGGGCGACGGAGGUGGCGGUGACGGUUAAACAUUAAGCAGUCCCCGUUUGAUUGUGUUUGUGACUCUUUUGAUUGAUAUCGUAAUGGUUUUUUCUCUUGGAUUAUUAUCACUGCUGCUUGCUUCUUUACUUUCCUUGUUUCAAGUUAUUGCUCUGCGUGGCUACAGGAAUGCGAAACCAGGGGAUCUGGGGUGGAAUCUGUAAGAUGUUGAAAGCCAUGGUUGUGAUGAGCGCGAUGUUUUUUUCUUUAUUUUUUAGUAUUUUCCUGGUGUAUGGUGUUUUUGAGGAAGAGAGGGGAUGCAUUUGUGCUCUAUGUUCAGAUCUUUCAAUAUUUAUUUCCCACAUAAUAUUUUUGUUAA